UAAGUAUUGCCUAAAAUAUUGUUGUACAGUAUAUUUGAAAGACGAUGUCUAAGGUAUGUCAUUUCUACGCGGUUACCACUAUCGAGUCGCGAGUAGAAUGACACUAGCAACUGCAAUUGACUGUAGUUUCUAGGCAACGAAAUUGAUCAAUUUCCAUAAGAUUCGUGGGAUUUUUUAAUGAAAAGAUUCUUAUAAAAUAAUGUCGUGCUAAUCUAAUUACGUCGAAAUGCCAUACGAGUCGAAAUGAUGUUUGGAUAUUUUGAGAUGAUUCCACGCCAGCUAUUUCGUUCCCUACACGCAAAUUACUUACUUUGUUAUUCUUCAAAGAAGACGUUAUUAGGCAAGUUGCGCAGGAAGACUGGAUACACAUUUGUAAACUGUAAAAAGGCAUUGGAGCUGCAUGACAACGAUAUAGAGAAAGCAGAGCUAUGGCUGAAAGAACAAGCUCAAGCCCAAGGUUGGACACAAGCAACAAAAUUACAAUCCAGGGUGACUACUCAGGGAUUAAUAGCGAUGAUCACAAAUGAAAAUCAUGGAGCUCUUGUGGAAGUUAAUUGUGAAACAGACUUUGUUGCUAGAAACAAAAAAUUUCAUGACCUAACAGAAACUGUAGUCUCCAGCGUGUUGAAGCAUGGAAUGACAAUGGAAUCGAAAGCACUGGUUGCUAAAAGCAUGUUAUAUACGGAAUUUUUAAAUUCCUUGCCUGCAGGCGAUGGUAAAACUUUAGCUGAUCACUCUGCUUUAACUAUUGGAAGUAUCGGAGAAAACAUUAAUAUAAAACGUGCUCUGUGUAUGAGUGUGCAACCUGGUGUGCAAUUGUAUGGUUGUACCCACCCCAAUCCUGUAAAUCCAGUCCCAUCAUCUUUUGGGCGAUACGGAGCAUUGGUGGCUAUAAGAUCUAAAGUAAAAAAUCCCAUGGUAGGACUGCAACUAUGUCAACAUGUUAUUGGUAUGAAUCCAAUCAAAAUUGGUGAUCCAAAAGUUGAUGAACCUCAUGAUGAUAUCGAAGAUGAACAGGUUAUGCUGUAUCAAGAAUUUUUGCUCGAUCAUACUAUAUCUAUACAACAACUAUUAGAAACUGAACAAAUUGAAAUUGUCGAUUUUGCGCGCUUUGAAAUAGGUGAACCUAUUGAAAGAGAUGAAACAUUGGAUGCCAUUGAAACUUGUGGUUAGGAUAACUAAUCAUUUUCAAUUUAGGAUAAUGUUGUAUAUACAAUUUAUUAUGUAUCACCUUUGUUCGUAUUCUGAACAAUUAUUGUCACUUUAGCACGAUAAAAGAAUAUAUAAUCAUUUUAUUUUGUUUACUACCUA